AUGGUGUUCCAUGUGCUCCCGUCUGAUGGUGUAAACUAUAGUCAAAUUCUAUAUGAACUGUCUCUGUAUGAAGUGAUUCCGUCUUUCGAUGAUCAGCCAACUGAUGCAAUUGUCGAUCAAAAAAUUGCAUUAUCAUUAUGGAUUCAACUAUUGUGUUUAUUUAAUAAUGAUCAGGAAGAAACUGUUGACAAUGUUACCCAAUCAGAAUUAUGUUUUGAACACUCUAUUAAUCAAGCAUUAGAGGGUGAAAAAUUCGACGAAAUAUUGAAAUGUCGAUCUCUAAUGAGAAAUUUAUAUUCAUAUUUGUAUGCAAAAUGGUUUUUACAACACGCUCCUUCUAUUUCCGAUGCUGUUGAUACUACUACUACUAUAGAUGAAACGACGAUUUUAACAGUCUAUUACGUUCAAAAUAAUUUGAUGGAUCAGUUAAAUUUCUUUAAGACAAACGUUGGUAGAAAAUUAAUGAUAAACAAGUUUUUAUUAACAAAUAAAAAUAAAAAUCUAGCUAUGUGUGAUAAUGUUGAUAUGUCCGGUAUGAGAUCAGUUUUAUUUGAAAUAACUAUAGAUACAAAACUACAGACGAAACCGUAUGUGAAAGUUAGGGAUCAAACAGUAGUGAUAAUUGCUACAUGUGCCAUUUAUGAUUUAAAAUCAGUUACGUUUGAAAACGAAAACAAAAUUUGGCAAGUACAGCUAGUAUUAUCUAAACAAGAUGACUCUGAUGUGAGCAAUUAUUUAAAUUUAUUUUCACAAAAUCAGGAGCACAAUUAUGAGUACUAUAUUAUCGGUUCAACUCUAUGUUUGUUAAAGCAGUAUGAGUUAGCUGUUAAAUUUUUUAUUGAAAAAUUAAAAUUCUAUUCAAUAACAAUUCAUUACGUAAAUAUUUUACAGUCACUUAGUUAUGCUGCUUUCCGUGCAUCUGGUGUAAAUGAUAACCCGUUGUUUUCAUUAUUUAUUGUGUGGUUAACGUUAAGGUUACUCAAAAGAUUGCCGAAAGCGGAGAGUACCAAUAAUAUAUCAAUGCGUAUCUAUCUAGUGCUAGGAUAUAUAUAUCGACGACGACGGCUUUUUUCACAAGCAUUAUAUUGUUACAAGAAAGCACAAGAGAAAAUAAAGCCUGAUAUGUAUUAUACCAUACUGAUUUCUCUAAGUAUCGGUCAUAUCUGUGAAAUGAAAAAUGAACUGUUUCGAGCACACUCAUACUAUCGAGCAGUGUUUAAUUUAAUGGUAGAUCAAAUUAAGCUUCCAAAUCAUCAUUCUGUCGUCGAAACAGUUGUAAAAAACAUCGGUCGCAUUGAAUAUAAACUUUAUUUGUAUUACCUAAAACGAGUUCAAGAUCGAUAUGAAAACCGUAACCAUUUUACAGUCCAGUGUACCUCGGAUGUAAGAUUAUUGCCAACUGUCUCCGAGUUAGAUGGUCCACCGACAGAAUAUAAACAUUUGUACCGAUUACUCGUUAAAUAUUAUUUUCACUCAAAAACGUUUAACUAUACAACAGUUGCAAAAAUUUAUAGUACAAUAGCUAAUCACCAGAUAUGCCGCGGAUCAGUAGCAGAAGCAAUAAGCAGUCAAAAGAAUGCAUUGAAUGUACGAUUAAAGUAUCUAUCAUUGUCCACCUCUGAUGUCAUGAGCUGUAUAGAACUUGCAAUGGAUUGUUAUUCACUUGCUACAUAUUACUAUUUACAGUACAAUUAUCAUCAAUCUGUUCCAGAACAUAAGAGAUAUUUACAGUUAGCAGAUAUUUAUGUUAAAAAAGCUAUUCGAAUACAAUUGAAAUGUUUACCAAAUGAUCACAUACUACUCGGAGAAUCUUACAAUCUUCAAGCUAUUAUCCAUGUUGGGCACGGUCAGUAUAAUCUAGCAUUAAUUUAUUUCAGUCAAGUAAUUUCCAUCUUUUGGAAAUGGAUGUCAUAUGAUCAUGAGAAAUUAGGUAUCAUUUAUAAAUCAAUUGGAUCCGUUUAUCUAAGAAAAAUCCAUUAUCAAAAAGCUAUUGAUUAUCUGCAAAUAGCAUUAGAAUAUUGUAAAAAGGGGACUUAUCUUAAAUAUUAUCACAUAAAUCAAAUUUAUAAACUUUUAACAAUUGCUUAUUAUCGAUUGAAAAACAAUGAGAAAGCUAUAGAAACAAUGAAAAUUGUAGUGAAUAGUUAUUCAGAAUACAGACUAAGUUCGACCAACCCAAUGGUAGAUGUCCUGAAACUUAGUAUUGAAAAUGAGAGACAGUAUAAUUUCGAUGAAUUAUAUCAGCAAAUUCAUCAUAUUAUUGAAAUGAAUAAUGAACGGAUUAUGUAUGAAGUUAAAUAUGAUUAUGAGUAUUUAUUGCUUAGAUCAUUAACUAUAAAUAUUGAAAAGUUUUAUAUUUGUAUGUACGAUGAAUAUUUGUCUACUCAUAUCGAUGUUUAUUAUCUUUCAGUUGUGAAUGAUGAAAACUCUAGUGAUGCAUCGAUUAUUGACAAAUUACGUCAGUAUUACGCUGAUAACACAAGUACAACACCAAUGGUAACAACUAUCACAAACAGGUUGAACACUGUUUCAGCCACUGGACAAGAACUUGAAAUUGCAUGGUACUAUCGGCAGAUUACAGAAGACGAAAGUACAAGUAAACGAUUAAUUGACGCAUUUGAUUAUUUACGUCGAUUUAGCGACGAAGAAGAAUGUAUUCAAUUCAUAUCAUCUCUUAAGAGUGAUCAGAAACUCUUCCUAAUACUGUCGGAUGAGAGUGGAUUAGCACUAUUACCAAUGGUUAAAGAUAAGUGUAGUUAUACUUAUAUGGUCAAAGUACACAAUAUUGAAUUAAAAGAAAAAACAACAUUAUUUCGUGGUGUUUAUGACACAUUUGCACAAUUAAUACGACAAUUACGUAUUGAUAUACGUAUGACAUGUGAAGAACGCCUACAAUUUAAUUUAUUUACUUCGAAAGCCCAAACAAUACAUCAAUUGAAUAAAGAAAGUGCACGAUUUAUUUGGUUUCAUAAACUGAUUGAUUCAAUGCAGAAAUAUAAACAGAAAUUAAAAGAUGGUGUAAUAAAGGAUUGGUCUGUUAUGAGUGUAAAAAAUGAAAUGUUAAAUGAAUGUCGACAAGAAUAUAGUACAAACAGCUUUAUAUUGAAAAAACUGAAUACGUUUUCUGAAACGUACAUGGCAAGUGAUGCUAUAAAAUGGUAUGCUAAAGAUACGUUUAUCUAUCGUUUGAUUAAUAAAGCAUUACGAUCGAAUAAUGUGGAGGAAAUAAUUAAAUAUCGUUUUUUUAUUGGUGAUCUGUAUAAUCAACUUCAAAUACUUUGUGAAGAACAAUUCAGUGAAAUGAACACGAUUACAACAGUUUAUCGUGGACAAGGUAUUUCAACGAAAGAUUUGAAUCUAUUAAAAAAUUGUGUUGGCAAUUUAAUAACAAUAAACAGUUUUUUAUCAACCAGUUGGGAAAAAGAUGUCGCAUUAAAUUUCGUUAUGACACAAGUCGAUAUACCGAAUGUGGAACCGAUAUUAUUUGAAAUAAAAAUCCCUACAAAUAAUCGACGAAAACCAUUUGCAUAUAUAUCUGAGUUUACGCCAAUGAACGAAUCUGAAGUGCUACUUUCAAUGGGUUUUGUUUUUCGCAUCGAUACUGUAACAUUUGAAACAGCAUCUAAUAUUUGGAUUAUAGUAUUAACUUUAGAAAAUGAAAAUGAACAAAUACAAAAACUAUUGGAAUAUACGAAAGAACGGGAUGAGGACGAUAGUUUGAUAUAUAUUCUAUAUAGUAUGGGAGAAUAUGAUGCGGCGCUUCGACAUUGCCAUUGGGAAUUGGAAAAUAUUUAUAAAAAUGAAAUUCACUACACUUUACUGGUUCAAAUGGCUACGAUUUAUAAAGCAUUAGGCCGACACGAUGAAGCCUUGAAAUCGAUGCAGAAACUAGCCAUAAGUGUUUUUCAGGGACAAGGAGGACCGGGUACUUCACUAAUCGGACUCAUCAAGCUAGCAGGUUUCUACUACACAAUGGGCUUAAUUUAUCUUGGUAAACAAAAUUAUCAUAUUGCAAUAUAUAUGUUUCAAAAUACGCUGGUCUUGCUCAGAGACGUAAUCGCAAAUGAGCUGCUAGCAUUAUGUGAAGAAGCUGGAAUUUUCUCUAUGGAUGGGUACGAUUAUAUGAAAACAUGGCAGGGCAAUCCACUUGACCUUGCUAAAACCUACAAUAAGCUUGGAAGUGCAUACUUAUCAUUGAAGCAAUUUCGUGCAGCAUAUCACUAUCUUACAAAAGCGUUGGUACUUCAAUUAAGAUUUUUACCCGAAAUGCAUUAUCAUACAGCGAUCACUUAUUUCAAUAUAGGAAGUCUAUAUCAAGACAUGUCAGAUUACACUAGCGCAUUAAAAAGCUAUUUCAAAGCGCUUGAUAUAUUUAAAUUAUCGCGACAAUCUACAGAUUUUAAUUUCCCAAUUACUUAUGGACGUAUUGCUCAAGUAUAUGAACUGAAAUGUGAUUAUGAAAUGGCAUUAGAAAAUUAUGAAAAUGCAUUAAAUCAUGCAGCUGAUAUAAAAGAAUCAAUUAAACAAUUGAUGAAUAUUGCAAGAAUUUAUAAUAAAAUGAUGAAAUAUCCAAAAGCAAUUGAAAAGUCUGAAAAAGCAGCUGAACUAUGCAGAAAAUAUUCACAACCAAUUACGAGCCUGUUACAAUCCCAAUACCAUACAUAUGUACUGAAUGGACCUUAA